GCGUGUAAACUACGUAGCUCAGCCAAUAACAUGGCAUGUAACAUGUGCUCGCGAUGCUAUCACACCAGAUGGUCUUUCAUGCAAUGUCAAUUUCUAGUUGAGUGGUCACAGGGGUGAAAUGGAGAUAAAAAAGCAUCAACGCUUCGUAGGCUGUAGCAUUCCAAGGCAUGAGAAACCCAAUAUUUUCCUUCAUCUCAUCAUCAUUGUUCAUGCCAGUUCUCCUCUUCCUCGCAAUCUCUUUUUCGUUAACCUCAUCAACUUCAGUUCACCGGGACCGCUUUCUCAGGAGAGGCUCCGCCCUCUCUGUUGAUGAUCCAGAUGACGUCCUGAGUUCCCCAAAUGGUGCCUUCUUCGCUGGGUUUCACCCAGUUGGCCGUAAUGCGUACUCAUUUGCUGUAUGGUUCAGUAACCGAUCCUGCAUGCUUGACUGCAUCGUUUGGAUGGCAAAUCGAGACAAACCAGUCAACGGCAAACACUCAAAACUCAUCCUCGACAAGCAUGGAAAUCUUUUCUUGACUGAUGCCGGCCACAAGGUUGUCUGGUCCACUGACAUAGCCUUAUCUUCAUCAGCCACCUAUGUUGGGUUGCACCUUCUCGACUCCGGAAACCUCAUACUUCGUAGCUUUGGCCCUAGGCCAGUAGAUGACACAGUCAUGUGGCAGAGCUUUGAUCACCCAACCAAUACGCUUCACCCUGAACAGAAGUUCACCCGGUUUACCGAGCUUGUCUCGUCCAGAGCCCGUGGAAAUAUCUCCUCGGGCUACUACAAAUUCUAUUUUGACAAUGACAACAUCCUCCGGCUCCUUUACAGUGGCCCUGAGAUCUCGAGCGUAUACUGGCCCCAUCCUUACCAACUUCCUUGGGAUUAUGGGAGGACCACAUACAAUGACAGUCGGGUUGCGUUGCUAGACUCUCUUGGCAACUUCACCUCCUCUGACGAUUGGAAAUUUUUGGCUUCCGAUUAUGGGGAGAAAAUUCCAAGAAGGCUGACGUUGGACUUCGAUGGAAAUGUCCGCCUGUACAGCCUGUCGAGGAAUGGUGAGUGGACUAUCUCAUGGCAGGCAAUCACCACACCCUGCGAUGUACAUGGAAUUUGUGGGCCCAAUGCCGUGUGCCUGUAUAACGCAAGAUCCGGGAGGAGCUGCUCUUAUGCCCCAGGAUAUGAGAGGAAAAACCUUAGCGAUUGGUCUCAGGGAUGCAAGCCAAAGUUCGAGAGCUUCUGCAAGUUACCUGAUCCUGAGACAGGUGAAUUCAUCCGUUUUCCACACCUGGAUUUCUAUGGCUACGAUGAGGACCACUACCCAAAUUACACCUUGAAUCAAUGCAAAAAGAAAUGCUUGGAGUUGUGCAACUGCAAAGGGUUUCAGUACAAAUUUCGAGACAGUAACCGGCAUGAUUGUUACCCCAAGGUGUUGCUAUUGAACGGGCGUGCCUCGGCCACUGGUUAUGGGACCAUCUAUUUCAGGUUGCCCAAAGCCAUACUGUCCUCUGAACAACUCCAGCUGGAAUCUUCCACCUUAAAUUGCUCACACAGUCCGAAGGAUGUUGAGCUACACAGAGUAUAUUCCAGAAGACAUGAGAGUGAGUUGCUGUUGAAGAUUCUGCUGAUUUUGGCGGUGGUGAUUGCAGGAUUUGAGGCCCUAGGGGUACUCCUUGUGCUAUGUUUCGUAACCGGGACAUGGAAAGCGAAAGAUGAAGCCAGGCAGGGGUAUCAUCUUGCUGCUAUGGGAUUCAGAAGGUACACAUACGCCGAGCUCAGAAAGGCUACACGGAAUUUCAGGGAAGAAAUUGGUAGAGGGGCUGUAGGGAGCGUUUACAGGGCAAUCCUGUUGGGUGAUCGGAGUGCAGCGGUGAAGCGGCUUAAUGAGAUGACCCUUCACGGAGAGGAGGAGUUCCUCGCGGAGGUGAGCACGAUUGGGAAGCUCAAUCACAUGAACCUGCUUGAGCUAUGGGGCUACUGUGCCGAGGGGAAGCACCGCCUUCUAGUCUAUGAGUACAUGGAGCACGGCUCAUUGGCCGAGAACCUUGCCAAAGGCACACUAGACUGGGGAAAGAGGUUUGAUGUUGCAGUCGAGGCGGCGAGGGGACUUGCCUAUUUACAUGAGGAGUGCUUGGAGUGGGUCUUGCACUGUGACGUGAAACCUCAGAACAUACUUUUGGACUUGAAUUACAAACCCAAAGUGGCAGACUUUGGGCUCUCCAAGCUUCUAAACCGCGGGGACGUAAAACAUUCAAGUUUCUCUAAGAUUAGAGGGACUCGGGGCUACAUGGCACCGGAGUGGGUUUACAACCUAUCAAUCACGUCCAAGGUUGAUGUGUACAGCUAUGGGAUUGUACUGCUAGAGAUGGUCACAGGGCGGAGCCCGGGGGGAGGAGUGCUGGAUACCAGCACGGGAGGCGAGACAGAGAACCUAGGGCUGACUUCUUGGGUGAAACAAAAGAUGAGCGGAGAAGUUCCAACGGCGACAAGGAUCGAAGAGAUCGUCGAUCACUCCAUAGAAGGUGGAUAUGAUGUAAAGAAGGUCGAGGUUCUGGUCGCAGUGGCCCUUCAAUGCGUUGCAGACGACAAAGAUGACAGACCCACAAUGAGCCAAGUGGUCGAGAUGCUCCAUUGCUGUACAAAUGAGGCUGAAAUCUAGUCCCAAGUCUGUAAUUGUGGACUGUGCCUCAUUAUAAGCGCAAAGCAUUUAAUCUCCUCUUGACUGGAAUCCCGAUAUUUGCAAUAAGCGGAAAGCAUGGCUCAUUAGAUGUGUAUUUUGUAGCUAAUUUCGUCUGACUAAAAUUUCUACAUCGGCAGUAAGCUUUUAGAUUAUCAUUUGGGAAUUCGACUUACAGAGGCUUUUGAUUGAUCGGUUUCAUGCAACUGAUAUUAAAGGUGAAUACUUUGUGUGUGCAUAGGCAGAAACCUUAAUGCGGGUCGCAAUGGAUGUUUAUGUAGAGAGAUGUGAUUGAGCAGAAAAGCUUGAAUUUGCAUUCAUUCUGAAAAGGUAUGUAUACAACUAUUCUAGCUGAUAAUAAAGGAAAAUAUUAUCUACUUCUAUACUAAGUUUAUUCUCUGUAUGGUACAUAAAGAUAUAUACAUAAAAGUAGAAACAAGAUAAUAGAAAGAAA